GCGACGAAUGCGCAGUGUUGUCGGAUCGAAAAUUGACUCGCGGAAGAAAAAAGUGAAAAAAUGGGAAAAUGGCCUCCAAAACGAACAUUUUUAUUCCACUUGGUCCAGAUUUACAAACGACAGAUAAAGUGACAGUUGCUGAUAAAGAUGCAGCAAAAAGGAAGGAGAGAUUUAAAGCUGUUGCAUUUUUGGGCGCAAUCACCGGAUUCUCCGUCCUGAUUGGUUUCGGAAGUACCUUAGCGAUGGUUCGAAAACAAGAUCCGAAAUCAUUUCAGGAAGGAGUCGUGACGGCAAAAGGUCUUCACGAAAGUGGAGCUUCUCUGGCAGUGAGGGCCCUAGGAUGGGGGACACUUUACGCGUUUUCCGGAUGCGGUAUUUUAUUCUACGGAAUCUGGAAACUAUCCGGAGCGAAAACAGCUGAAGAGUUUCGUUACAAAAUGGGUUCGUGGUUGCCCAAAAUCCCAAAAAAUGAUCCUCCACAAAGUAGAACGGAAUUCGAGGGACUAACGGAUUUUCUGAAAUACGUCUCUGAAGACUGGGGAACAGAGAAGGAUCCUGCGAGGAGAAAAUCUCCGGAUUAACGACUAAUUCACAUUUUCUUAUUUAAAAUGAUAGUCAAUUUUUUUCCUGUGAUAAGAACGAGACUCGUUUCUGCUUCGAAACCAAGAUAUGCGGUUUUAAUUCUUAAUUUGUGUUGAAAAAAAAUAUAGGUAUAUAUAGAGUAUAUAGGGUUCAAUUUCGUCGAUUAUGGACAGUUUCCAGUUUUAUUCUCGUGUGUGGUUUAAGUUUUAUUAUCAGAUCUUUGGACUUGAAUGGAAAAGAUCAAGAGAGAUGUAUAUAUAAUAAAACGUUUAAUAUAACAAUUUGCAAUAA